AUGGGUAAUAUCCAUUAUAAACAUGGCCAUCUUCAUUCUCAUCGAUGGUUGUUCAAGCACAAACGAGGUCAACAUCACCAAGAUGGCACCGCUUCAGAAGUGGCAUCGUCGACCAAUGCAACAACAACAACAACAGCCAACAACACGAACAAUUCAUCAUCGAUGGGAUUUGCAAUGGUAACGCAAUCAGCACCUGAACUACACCAUGUAGUGAAUCAUUUGCCUCUUCUUCUUCAUGCUAAUACUUCCACUACUAUCGUUGAUAAUCAUCUAGAUCAGAUGGAAGAUGGUUCAACACCUCAUGCCGCGACCAAAUUGAAUUACAAUACUGGCAUCAUGAUGAUGGAACGUGGAUCCAACCUUGAGGCUAAAAAGAAGAAGAAACGAAGGUUUUUGUUACAAUGGAUGAAUAGAAAACACAGACAAGAAGAAGAAGAAGAGGAAGGUCAACCUUCUUCUCAACCACUGAAUAUGUCUUCUUCUUCUUCGUACUAUCAAGAUCCAACUCAUACUCAUGACAAUAUGAGCUAUAAUAGUUCAGGUUCCACGACGAAUACUAACAACAACAACAACACUCACAGCAAAUACCACAACAACAGUCAUAACCAUACUCAUACGAAUUCAGCAUCCUCCAUCGGUGGAACAACCAUAUUAACGAACACAGCAACGAGCGUGGCCAAUUCCAACACAACCACCAAUUCCUUGUCAUCGCCACCUCACAGCACGACGAGCAUUGCUGGUGUUGAAGCUAAUGAGCUCAUGAUGUUAUUGAAAGAUGAAAUUGGUUGGAAUCUCUUUUAUGAAUAUUGCGAUAAGGAAUUCUCAGCAGAAAAUUGUGAAUGUCUUGUGGAAAUUCAAAAAUUACAAAGCAAAAUUGCAAGAAUGAAUGGAAAGCAACGUCGUCAAUCGUGUCGAGAUUUACAUAAGAAAUACUUUUCUGGAGAGAGUUCUCAACAAGUGAAUAUUUCUGGACGAGCACGUCAAAUGACAAAAUCAGUGGCCAAUUCAAAAGUGAUUGAUUUAGAGACUGCCAAUGAAUUAUUGAUCCAACUCAGACGAGAAGUAGUGACCAAUCUAAGAGAUACAUUUUCAAGAUUUGUGCUCACUGAUGAAUACAUCAUGUGGAAGGAAAUGAUGUUGCAUCCAGAGUCCAUCUUUAAUGAGUAG